CCUCCACUAAUGGACAUCACUCUUCACAUGCUGAACGGGUACCUGUUGGCUUCUAAGGCCUACCUGAACGCCCAUCUGAAAGAGACAGCUGAAUUUGAGCGACAAGCUCCGACCGUAUCAAACCUUGGGCUCAGUGGCCAACCUGACACACCUGAGGUCACCAGAGAGGAGCUGAAGAACGCUCUGCUGGCUGCUCAGGACAGUGCAGCGGUGCAGAUCUUGCUGGAGGUGUGUUUGCCGCCCCCUCAGGAGGAGCUGCAGCUGGGAGGAGCAGACAGCCUGUUGAGGAGCGUUCAGUCUGCUCCAGGUAUUCCCAUGCGGAAGCAGGUGGGCGACACGGGGGCUGGGCAAGGGGCCCAGGGGGAGCGUGAGGCAGAGGGCGGGCUGCUCAGUGACCUGAGGGAGGUGCAGUGUCUCAUCUGCUGCCUGCUGCACCAAAUGUUCAUCGCAGACCCCAACAUUGCAAAACUAGUACACUUUCAG